ACAUAUAGUUCAGAUCUCUACAUAUAUAUAAACAAUUUGAAGCUCAGACAAACAAAAAAAAUUUAGAAUUAAUAUGAAUGUGGAAUAUUUUUCGGAGGGCCUUGAUUGCCUAAUGUAUUGCGGCAUGAAGUUAACACCGGAACAGCGGAUACUUAUUGAAAAUUCGUUGAUUACUCUACAAAAUGAGAAUCGCUUUACGGGCAUGUAUUUAUGGGGUCGCAUUACGGCAACAAAGAAAGAUUAUUACAUUGCUUUUGGCUAUACAAAUGAUUGUCUAAAGGAUCGCAAGUAUUUCUAUAGCUUGGAUCAAUUCCAAUGGCAACUUUUGCCAUUCGUUCAGAGUCCAACCAUAUUUCAGGCCACCAUAUUGGCCCGUGAGCCAUUUAUUGGUGAUCCCAGCAUGAUUUCAUAUGUUAAGUUGGAUCCCACAUUUGAAAUAGUGGCCAAUCAGGUGGUUGGUCUUGGUAAUCCUGAGGUCAUUAAAUUGAAGGAGGAAGAACGUUUGGCUGCCAUUGUCUUUAUUAUUAAUGAAGAGUGUGCCAUCUGUCCACGCGGUGCUCUCUAUAAAAUGGUCGAUGGUCGCGUUAUACCGAAUCAAAUGUUUCGCGGUUUGAAUGAUUUACAAAUUGACAAUCUAUCAUACUAUCAAAUUUAUCGCUUGCCGCGUAAUGACCUUAAAGCAAAUUUGUCAAAGCGUACCGAUUAUAAUUAUGCCAUUGACUUUCUCGAUACGAUCGAUAGUAUUAUACCCGUGGGCCAGGCAUUUGCCUUGAAUUUGCAACGUAAUGAGAGAUUGGUGGUAAUCAAAUCCUGCCUUUGGCUGGGCAUGACCUUCUUCCACAAGCUGAACUCGCAUAAACAUGGAUUUUUGUAUUUAGGUGAUGGUAAAAAGAAUUUUGACUUGCUUUUCAUGCAUUAAAAAUGAUGAUUCAGUUAAAUAAAGACUAAUUAGCAAUAA